AUUCAGAUGGUAUAGACAGAAAAAGGAAAAAGCGCAGAAUCAGAACAAUGAAUGCUGUGAAUGUUGUGGAGCUGCUCAUUGUGGUUUGGAGCUUCUCCGCUGUCUGUCAAGAUUCUGAUGAUGAUGUCAGUGUAAGCUGUCAGAAUGUGACUGGAUCUGUGGGGAAAGAAGUGACUCUCACCUGCAGCGUUUCUCUGAAUAUCACUGGAUGCUGCAUUACAAAGUAUAAGUUUCAAUACCCUGAGAUCUAUAAUGACUCUGCAAUCUGUCGUCAAGAUGUUUCUGUGAACUCCUGUGAACAGAGAAACAGUUUCACAUGCCGCUACACUCCAACUACAGCGAUGAAAGAACAAUUCAGAUUCUUUGUGCAAACAAAGUGUGGAACGAGAAAAGCAGAAAUCUUCACUCUUAACACAGUUUCCUCAAGGCAUGUGAACCCAGUAAACCCAUCAGGAUCCUCUCCACCAGAGACACCAAGAUUCAAGAAUACUGUCAUCACUGUGGUUGUGUCUGGUUUCAUCAUCAUCAUCAUCUUCAUCAUGAUGGCGAUCAUUCGCCAAACAAAACCAAACUUCACCAAACUUUGUAGACGCCAGAACUGGAUGUUUCUGAGAGUCAGACAUGAUGAGGACAACAAUCGUCCAGAAGAUGUGAUAUAAUAGCACUGAGUUUUGUUUGACUUUUCAUGUGGUGCUCACGAAACACACAAGCUUUAUUUGAACUCCACUAAACUCUACACUAUCUUAUAUCUCAAACUACUGAAUAUAUAACACCGGCUGUAAGUUUUAAAACUCUUUCAAUUUUAUAUUGAUUUCUGUGAAAUAUCAGCAUAUUAUUGAUCUAUUUGAUCAGAGUUUAUGACUUUAAUAAACUCAAACCUUUGUGAACUUUAAGAAGAAACACAGCGAAACUCAAACUGUGUCUUUUUCUGACUUUCAAGAAAUGUCUAACAUGAAUGUCAUUUCUAUAUAUUGUAUGAUAGUGUGAAUGAUGUGGUUUUGUACAAUAUCUUAUUUUUUUUUAAAAGGACAUUGAAAUGAAUAAAGACUUGUGAUAAUAUCUAAA